AUGAGUGAUGCAAGCAGGAGUGUCCGCGAUCCUGACUCCUCGGAGCAAGCCAGGUCAUCGAACGACAAAGUCCAUCCCUCCGAAUUUCUGGAGUUUAUCACAGUCGCAAACCCAGCCUCGCAUCGCUUACAGCCUCUGAGGGUGCAAGCGAACCAGGACCUCGAUAAACAUGCUUCUGAAAAUCAAAUCCAUAUCACCAGAUCCAAUGACGAUCUCUUUUUCGGUUUGUCGCGGGCCAUCCCAGGUCUGCGCCGAUUGUCAGUCGAGGCCCGAGCAGCCACAAAAGCCGAACAUGCCAUGACUUUCCUUCGAGGAUGUCGGUUAUAUCCCAAGGCAAUGAUGUGGUCCGUUCUUCUGAGUAUGACGAUCGUCAUGGAAGGCUAUGACAAGACCUUGAUCAACAGCUUCUAUGCUUUCCCGGUCUUUCGGCGGUCUUAUGGCACUCCAAUAAACCCCAGCGCUUCGAGGAGCGAACUUGAUUAUCAGAUAUCACCAGCGUGGCAAUCUGGCCUCACUAACGCAGCUCUUGUUGGCGAGAUUUUUGGGUUGAUGUUCAACGGCUUCCUGACUGACAGAUGGGGAUAUCAUAAAACGAUGGUAUUGACUUUGGUCUGGAUGUCUCUGUUCGUUUUUCUUGCCUUCUUCGCGGUCAACAUCAGGAUGUUGCUCGCUGCUCAAAUUCUGUGCGGUCUGCCCUGGGGCGUCUUUCAGACACUAUCGACAACAUACGCUGCGGAAGUCAUGCCGGUCGCUCUCAGGGCGUAUCUAACAAGCAAUGUCAAUCUGUGCUGGCUCAUUGGUCAAAUACUUGGCGUUUCGGUCAUUCGAGGUCUUGUGCACAACACUUCAGAAUGGUCUUAUCGAAUUCCAUUUGGCCUUCAGUGGGCCUUCGCAGUGCCAAUUCUCUGCCUCGUUCUGUACACGCCCGAAAGCCCAUGGUGGUGUGUGAGGCAUGAAAAGAUCAGCGAGGCAAAGAAAGCCUUAUUGCGACUUACUACUAAAGGAGCGGACCCGGACUUCAAUGCCGACGAGACGAUUGCCAUGAUGCAACACACCAACGAAGUCGAGAAGUACCUUAAUGGUGGUGGCGUCUCCUAUCUCGACUGCUUCAAGGGCACCGAUCUUCGACGGACUGAAAUCUGUUGCAUGGUAUGGUGCACGCAAGCACUCUGUGGCAGUUCCAUGACCGGGUACGCUGCUUACUUCUACGAACAAGCAGGCUUUGACACUGCCAACAGCUUCAACCUCGCCGUUGGUAUGUACGCUGGGGCCAUUUGCGCGGGUAUAUUAUCAUGGGUCGGGAUGCGCAAGAUAGGCAGACGAGCAUUAUAUCUCGGAGGACUUGGCCUCUCUCUCGUCAUCCUGAUUGCAACCGGCAUCGUCGGCACACUACCUGAGAAGGACAGCAUCUCUUGGACACUGGGCUCAAUGCUUAUAGUCCUUACAUUCGUCUACGACUUCACAGUCGGACCUGUAUGUUACGUCCUGGUCGCAGAGAUUCCAUCGACUCGGUUGCGCGUCAAGACUGUCGUGCUAGCCCGCGUGGCAUACAAUAUCACAAGCAUAAUCACGAACAUCAUCACGCCACGAAUGCUAAACCCCUCGGCCUGGGACUGGAAAGGCAAAUCGUCCUUCCUCUUUGCGGGCACGACACUGAUCUGCCUCAUCUGGUGCUGGUUUCGACUCCCAGAGCCCUUCGGCUUGACGUACAUGGAGCUGGACAUACUGUUUGAGAAAAGGGCGCAAGCUCGAAAAUUCAAAGAGUUUCAGGUCAACCUCGCGAGCACCGGUUAUUUCAGCCUCACACAGGCAGGCCCCAGGUCCGACAGUGUUUGGAGAGGGUAG